UGCAUAGUUUUUCUUGCAGUUUUUUGGGUGAACGGAUCUGUUUUUUGUUAUUUUAUGAGGCGAGUUGGAUUUAAAUCUUUUUGUUGUAUUUGUUUUUGUUAGAAAUUUAUAUUUUUAAUUUAAAGCAAAAAUUUAUUUAAUUAUUUAGAUUUUUAAAAGAUUAAAAAAAAUAUUUUAUUUUCUCUCCAAUGUUUUUAAAUGAUUCAUCACUGUCAAACAAACCUUCAACAACUUCAACAAAUAUUUCUUCAAAUUUAAUAGAUAUGGAUGCUAUGUUGGAUCAGUUGGAAAAAGAAGAAUCUGAUCAAAAAGCAGAACAAAGCAAAAAUAAUUCCGAUUUGUCUAAUAAAAAUUUGGAGAAUGUCACAGACAAUUUUGAUGAAAAGUUGGUUGGGGAGGAAAAUGAGAAUGUUUUUUGUACUGUUGAUAUUGAACUAAAAGCCGACAAAAAUCAACUAAUUUUGGAGAAGACAUUACCUGAUUUAGCUUUCGCGUCCAUUUCAAAAACACUCAAAAUUAGUGUUGAAAACAAAAAAGAAAAUUGUGAAGAUUUAGAAGAAGAUAUUUAUGAGCAAAUUGAUAAAAUGGAUAAAUUAAUUAAAUUGGAGGAGGAAAAAGAAAAGGAAGGAUUUACUGAAGAAAAUGAAGAUAAAUCGAAUUUAUUGGAAAAUGAGAGUAAAGACAAUAUAGAGGGAAAUAAAGGAGGGGAAAAUUCUCCUUUUAUUUUAUUCUUGAAUACUUUUGUGGAUGAUAUUUUUGAUCAAGUUUUAAAUGAAAUAAAACAAAAAGAUGAAGAGGAAAAAGAAAAUGAAGAGGAUUGUGUAGAGCAAAAUGAUGAAAGUAAAUGGCCUUCUAUGGAAGAAAAAGUGCAUUAUCCAAACCCUGCUAAAGGUUUUUUAAAUUUUUUAACAUUUAACAAAUUAAUGAUUUUUAUUUCCAAACAUUUCGUAGUUUUAAUAGCACAGAGUUAA